GCCGGGACGCACUACGCUGCUGGCAAUGGCGUGCUCGAGUUUGAGCACGGUCAGAUGGUGGCAAAACUUCCGCUGACCGUCCUCCCCGCUGGUCGGUACCAGCUGUCGAGCACGGUUCGCAUCGUACUGUCAAGCAUCACUGGCGGUGCGAAGUUCGAUGCAUCCACCGAAGGUGGACGCGAUCUGUGCAUGGCCACAGUGGUAAUCCAGCCGGACCCUGCCGUACAGGAGAGGAUCCUACGAAUUCACAGCGCUUUGGCCGUGAACUGGACCAAGGCCCACACGGCCAAGUCCAACUGGACUGCCUGGAAGGAGCAGAUCAUCAAUGCCGUCAAACUUACGGAGGACGACGAGGAAGAGGAGGAGGAUGGCCAGGAGCAGAGCGCCCCUGCAGAGAAGAGGAGAGGGUGCAUGCAGUAUAUCAACAUGGCGUUGACUGCGGUGCUCGGGGUUCCCUGGAAGAUUUUCUUUUCGGUGAUUCCACCACCUGGAUUCUGCGACGGCUGGCUGUGCUUUUUCUGCUCCCUUGGUGGCAUCGGACUGCUGACAGCCAUAGUUGGAGACCUGGCCGCGCUCCUGGGGUGCGUCCUCGACAUCGGCAGUGCCAUCACUGCCAUCACUUUAGUGGCGCUCGGCACAUCCUUACCCGACACUUUCGCGAGUCGACAAGCGGCCGUGCAGGAUCCUACGGCAGAUGCUUCGGUGGGCAACGUCACAGGAAGCAACUCCGUAAAUGUAUUCCUGGGGCUUGGCAUGCCGUGGACCUUAGGUGCCCUGUUCUGGACCAUCGGCGGCGCCGAUGCUACCUGGAACGAGCGGUUUCAGGACAAGGACUUCAUAGUCGGGACCUCCUGGGCCGGAGGUUAUGGAAAGGAGGUGAGAGCUCAUCCAUCCAUGUCUGACGACGAGAAGCUGGUUUUCAGCCAGCCACGAGCUCGUGGUCAGCGCUACCCACUCUACAGCCGGACGUGGAACAGAAGCAGGGAGGACCAGUGGGCCAAGAGAGACUUGGAGACUGCCGUGAUGCAGCUCUAUGGUUUGGACAGCAGGACAAAUCACGCCCUCAUUCUCCCUUCUGGCAUGGGGGCCAUUGGGGCGUUGAUCUCCUCUGUUGCUGCUGGCCUGGCUGGCGAAACCUGGACCUUGGUCCAUGGGGACGAGCUGUACUGCGAG